AUGAACCCAGGAACUCCCACACAGAAGACGGCAGUAUCAUCAACAUCGGAAGCUAGGACCCCAGCAUCCGUGAUCAGUGGUAAGAGUCAAGUAGACCCUACCGAAAUACUUUCUCGAAAAUUCACCCCAGUCCGCCCGGCCGCCUCGCUGCAGAAUAAAUCAUCCAGGUCGCGGAAAUCGGUCAAUUAUACGGAGGAUGGCCAAGCCCCGGAUACUGACACAAAGAAAAAGAAGCAGAAGAAAAACGGUGAUGAUGAUGAAUUCGAGGAAGACGAGAACGGAAAGAUGGUCAAGAAGGUCAAACGCGAUCGAUUUGGAAGACCUAUCAAAGAAAUGGUCGUCACUCCAGUUAGGAAAUUUGGAAAGGUUGCUGUUACUCCACUAAACGACUCGCCGAAAACGUUUAGUUUACCAACAAUGAGAGAUCUCAAGACAGGGACGAUACUCGAGGUGAGACUAUCAGGAAUGCCGCUGGGCGCUCGACCGCAGCCGAUCUUUGCGCCGCGGCCACUGCACGAUCCUUUAGCGGACACUGCGAUCGUCUUGUGGGACCCGACGGUGGAUGACCGACCGGCCCCGAAGCCGGUGAGCCAGGGAGACCCAGAACGAACACCGGCCGAGAUUGAGGCCGAACAGGCUCGGCUAAAGCUCGAAAUCGAACGCCAGAAGGGUCCCCAUAAGAGCUUGCCCGACCUGCUCGGAAUCAAAAAGGCCGGCGACCCAAAGGAUAUCAAGAAAGUUCCCGUUGUUAUCGACCCUCGUUUGGCAAAAACCCUCAGACCUCAUCAAGUUGAGGGCGUCAAGUUCCUCUACCGCUGUGCUACUGGCAUGGUCGAACAGGGCGCAAAGGGCUGCAUUAUGGCCGACGAAAUGGGCUUAGGUAAAACUUUACAAUGUAUAAGUCUUUUGUGGACGCUAUUAAAACAAUCACCAAUUGCGGGCAAGCCAUCGAUAGAGAAAGCAAUUGUUGCAUGUCCAUCCUCGCUGGUGAAGAACUGGGCAAACGAGUUUGACAAGUGGCUAGGACCGGGGGCGAUCAACCCGCUUGCGGUCGAUGGAAAACAGACAAAAGCGAAUCUCUUGACCAGUGUUCGUCAGUGGGUCUCAGCUACGGGGCGCCGAGUCCCUCAGCCGGUAAUGAUUGUCUCUUAUGAAACCUUGAGGGGCAGUCUCGUCGAGGAGUUGGGUCGCACGCCCGUCGGCCUAUUACUUUGCGACGAAGGACAUCGACUCAAAAAUGCUGACAACCAAACCUAUGCCGCACUAAACGGCAUUAACUGUGAACGACGGGUCAUCUUAACGGGCACCCCGAUCCAGAACGACUUAUCUGAAUAUUUUGCCCUGUUGAAUUUCGCCAAUCCGAAUUACUUGGGCGACCGAGCCCAGUUCCGGAAGACGUACGAAUUGCCAAUCCUUAGGGGACGAGAUUCGGAUUCAAGCGAAGCUGAAGUGGCCUUAGCCGAAGCUAAACUCAAGGAGCUCACCACCAAGGUCCAAAAAUUCAUUAUCAGAAGGACUAAUGAUUUGCUAUCCAAAUAUUUACCGGUCAAGUAUGAGCAUGUUGUGUUUUGUGCUCCAUCAUCAUUCCAACUCGAUCUUUACCGUCACUUUAUCGAAUCGCCCGAUCUACAAAAGCUCUUAAAGGGAGUGGGCUGCCAGCCCUUGAAGAUGUUGGGCAUCCUUCGCAAAUUAUGUAACCACCCUGAUUUGCUCGACUUGCAGACAGAUAUUCCGGGCUCCGAGAAGUGUUUUCCGGAGGGCUAUCGGUCCAAGGAUCCCCGAGCGCCCGCUCGACCUGAGUUGUCUGGUAAAAUGACCGUGCUCGAACGGUUUUUGCACAAGAUCAAGACUGAAACGACGGACAAGAUAGUGUUGAUUAGUAACUUUACCCAAACCUUAGAUGUGAUGGAAAAGAUGUGUAGAGAGAGGAGAUGGGGGAGCCUAAGGCUAGACGGGACGAUGCAGAUCACCAAGCGACAGAAGCUGGUAGAUCGUUUCAACGACCCCGAAGGGAAGGAAUUCAUCUUCCUAUUAAGUAGCAAGGCCGGCGGGUGUGGGAUCAACCUGAUCGGCGCCAAUCGGCUCAUCUUGUUCGAUCCCGAUUGGAACCCCGCCUCCGAUCAACAAGCACUCGCGCGUGUUUGGAGAGACGGACAAAAGAAAACCUGUUUCGUGUAUCGCUUCAUCUUGACGGGAAGUGUUGAGGAGAAAGUCUUUCAAAGACAGUCUCAAAAGAUGAAACUCUCGGCGUCAGUGGUCGAUGAACAAGAAGAUGAAGCCCGGAUGUUCUCACGCGAAUCAUUGAAAGAACUGUUCAGGCUCAAUGAGAACACCAAAUCCGAUACGCAUGAUGUCUACAAAUGUAAACGCUGUCGAGACGGGAAACAGGUCGUCAAAGCUCCGGCGAUGUUAUACGGAGACCAAUCAACAUGGAAUCAUUACACGAAUGCACAUAUGGUCGACUUGCAUGACGAUCUCUUACGCUCCGAAGUCGGGUUGAACGAAGUGACCGCUUGUUUCCAAUAUAUAUCAACCUAA